AUGAGUGGAAAUAACAAAAUUGCUAGUUUUUUAACUGAACCAUUAUCAGAAUGUGAUCCUGAAAUGUAUGAACUAAUUCGAAAAGAAAAACAACGACAGGUUCGUGGUUUAGAAAUGAUUGCAUCGGAAAACUUUACAUCACGUGGUGUAUUAGAAACACUUGGUUCAUGUUUGACAAAUAAAUAUAGUGAAGGUUAUCCCGGUGUUCGAUACUAUGGCGGAAAUGAAGUAAUUGAUCAAAUUGAAACUUUAACACAAAAACGUGCUUUAGCAGCAUUUGAUCUUGAUGAAAAUCAAUGGGGUGUUAAUGUUCAACCAUUAUCUGGUUGUCCAGCUAAUUUUGCUGUUUAUGCUGCACUUCUUGAACCACAUGGUCGUAUAAUGGGUUUAGAUUUACCUGAUGGUGGACAUUUAAGUCAUGGUUAUGCAACACCAUCAAAAAAAAUUUCAUUUACAAGUGUCUUUUUUGAAAAUAUGCCUUAUAAAGUAAAUCCUCAAACUGGUUUAAUCGAUUAUGAAGAAUUAGCACAUACAGCAAAACUUUUUCGCCCUAAAAUCAUUAUUGCUGGAAUAUCAUGUUAUUCACGUAAUCUCGAAUAUGAUAAAUUUAGAAAGAUAUGUGAUGAUGUUGGAGCUAUUUUACUUGCUGAUAUGGCACAUGUUAGCGGUCUUGUUGCAGCAAAGGUUGUUGCUGAUCCAUUUCCAUAUGCUGAUAUUGUUACAACAACAACACAUAAAAGUUUACGUGGACCACGAGCUGCAAUGAUUUUUUAUCGUAAAGGACCAAAACGACCAGAAGUUAUUAAUAAAAAUGAUAAUUCUGUACAAAUGUAUGACUAUGAAAAAAAAAUUAAUGAAGCUAUUUUUCCUGGCAUGCAAGGUGGUCCACAUAAUAAUAGUAUUGGUGCAAUAGCUGUUGCUUUAAAACAAGUUGCAUCAGAAGAGUUCAAGCAUUAUGCUCAACAAGUUGUUAAAAAUGCAAAACAACUUGUUAAAACACUUUCAGAAAAAGGAUAUACAUUUGUAGCUGGUGGUACUGAUACACAUUUAGCAUUACUUGAUUUACGACCAUUAGGUCUAGAUGGUGCUAAAGUUGAACGUGUAUUAGAAGUUGUUUCAAUUGCUGUUAAUAAAAAUACAUGUCCAGGUGAUAAAUCAGCAUUAAAACCGUCAGGUAUACGUUUGGGUACACCAGCAUUAACAACACGUGGUUUUCAAGAAAAUGAUAUUAUUCAAGUUGCUUUAUUUAUUGAUCGUGCUGUACAAAUUGCACUUGAAAUUUAUCUUAUUAAUCCAAGUCAAACAUUAAAAGAUUUUAAAGAUAAUAUGAAACUUGAUCAACAUGUAAAAAAACUUAAUGAAUUGAAACAAGAAAUUGAAGAAUUCGCUUCAAAAUUUCCAAUGCCUGGUUAUGAAUCAAUCUAG